GUGUCUGUCUGAGUUAAUGAUUACCGAAGUGCGCGCUUUAAUCUGAUAUUCUCCAUUCACACUUGAUGAUUGCCGGUUUUUGAUUUCAAUUCGGCGGCUCCAUUUUGGAUACACAACUUUUGGACUAUUGACGCGAAAAAAAAAACUUUGAAGAUAAUUUCUUAAGUUUCAUUUUAUCACCCAAAGUUUUUUCUCUGUGUUCUUCUAUUUUCUCACAUUUAACUUCGUAUGAUUUGCAAUUAAUCAUGCUUAAUCAAGAGUAAUUAAUGCCGAUUUAUUUCUUUCGAAAGUUUAGAUUCAGGAUUCCAAUCAAAUUGCACUGAGAAAUAUCAACACUUUUUUUUCGCGAGCAUGUGAAUGACUCCAUUAGAAGUGAUGGCUUAUUUUUAAUGUCAUUGCCACGAUUUGAAGAGAAAAAAAAACAAGAUUAGAUUCCACAGAUGAACAGUUUUACCAAAGCCAUUUCAGUAUAUUUCGCUUCAUUGAUUUUAUGUCGAAUAUCAUCAGAUUUUCUUCCAAUUCGAACAUGAUGCCUAAACAUAGGUUCAAAGUCUUGAAUCUUGUAGCAAUAUUGCCAUGACAUCAUCCAGUAAUUUCUUUGGCCUUAGAAGAUUCAAAAAAUAGAUGAAAUAAAUUGGAACUGGUUCAAUCCAAUUUGUUUUCAAUCUCAUACAAAAAAUUACUCCUAGUAAAAUGUUCAAUGAUUCUGACCGCUGAUACUGACCAUACAAAAUUUUAUGACUUUUUUUUCGCAAUAAUUUCACUUUUUUCAUUAAUAGAUUAGUGUGAGAAAAAGAUUACUAAAAUGUUACACUAAAAUUAUCAAUCAGAAAUUCACUUUACGUGAAAUUAUUGCUGUUGGAGUUGAGUUCAGUUGAGUUCAGUUCAGUUGGUAUUCAGUUUCAACCGAAUCAUCAUCGUUUUGAUGAUUAAGAAGAAAUUGUAUUUAGUUGCCAGACCGAACAUGCAAAAUACGUUCUUAUUUACCUUCCAUUCUGCUAUCCAAAUUGUGUGAACGAUUUAGUGUAUGCAAAUUAUUGUGUGUCAGAAUCUACAGAAGGAACAAGAGAAAAAAAAACCAAGCCGAAAGCAUUUAAAGUGAAGUUAUUUAAAUAAUUAAAAUGAUUCGAUGGUUGUGUAUUUUACCGCUAUAUCUAUGGAUCACGAUCUCCUGCAAUAAACACACCUUGUACACGUAUGGGCCAUCAUCGAUAAGGCCAGACAGCGAAAGUGUUGCCGUGAACAUACUGGGAAAGCAGAAUAAAAAUCCAAAUUUAUCAAACGGUUUCAAUAUUUGGCACAUUCUUUAUAGGCUGUUUCAGAAAAUAUUUAAAGGUUUGGCAGGUGAUACGGGAUUAAGAAAUUCAGGAUCAUUUCUACAAAGACGUCUUCCUCCGAAUAUACCAUUUCCGUGCAAACGAUUUAAUCAACGCAGCGGAGCUGUACCAGAUAAUGUUCAUCAACUUCGGCCGGGAGACAUCGAUGUAGUUGCUGCGAUCGGUGAUUCAUUGACUGCGGCAACGGGAGCAAAUGCAAUUGCCCUCUUCGAAGCAAGUGUUGAUAAUCGUGGUCUAUCAUUCAGUAUUGGAGGGCAAGGAAACUACCGGACUCAUCUUACUCUUCCCAAUAUUUUGAAGGAGUUUAAUCCACGGCUAAUAGGAUUUUCGUGGAGAGAUGCAUCUAGUGUGGAUCCCGGUGCUGUUUUCAAUUUAGCCGAAGAUGUAGCAUUAACAAGUGAUAUGCCCUUUAUGGCGUAUAAACUGUUACGUCGUAUGCGGUUGGAUCGUCGAGUGAAUAUGGAGAGACAUUGGAAACUGGUUACGAUUACGGUCGGUGUGAAUGACUUUUGCUUGGAUGUUUGUCAACAGAACAUUUCACCACGGCGAAUAAGUCGAAGACAGGAAGAUAAUCUCAUUAAAACUUUACGAAUAAUUCGUGAUACAAUGCCGAGAACGUUCGUAAAUUUGGUAGCCGAACCAUUGACCAGUCUAAUCAUAUCGAUGGAUGUAAUUUUAAGCUUACCGUUUCCUUGUCGUAUCGGACGAUCGGUGCUUUGUUCAUGCCUGGAAGGAAUACGACAUUCACAGGCACGUGAUUUGUACUUGGCAUUGUUGCAAAAUUACAAGCAGAUUUUGCAGCGUGUUGCCCAUCGUGCCGAAUUCCAGCGCGAUGAUUUUACCGUUGUUUUCCAGCCGUUCGGUCUGAACGCAUCCGUAUUCAUUGAUGAUCAAACUCCGGAAAUUAGCAUCAUGGCAUACGAUUGCAUAAAUUUGAGCCAAAAGGGACAUGCAGUGUUGGCUAAUGGCCUUUUCAAUAAUAUGAUGCAGCCGUCAGGCUUGAAAACAAUAGGUCUAAGGCCAUUAUAUAAGGAAUUUGUGUGUCCGACUGAGGAAAAUCCAUAUUUAAGAACCUAUUUCAAUAGCUUUCAGGCUGUUGACUCGAUAUUUUGA